AUGAAGUUCUCCAGUUCGCUCGCUUUUGCGGCGACCAUUCUUUCACUAAUAUCGCCCAUCCUUGCCAAUUACAAUGAGAUUGCCAUUAAAAACAUCACCGUCCUCACGCAUCGGAGUGCGGCUGAUGUUGCCCCCGAUGUACAAGCUUUGUUCGAUACGAUGAACGGAACAUUUGCAUUGCCGGAUUACUUCGGCCCCGACGCUUAUGUCUCUGAAAUCUACCUGACCAACUCCACCGAUGAUCUGCCCGACGGUGACUUCCUGAACUUUGGGAACUCAUUCACCUCGACCGGAACCGGACUCGGAAAGCGCUACACAGAGAAAGUCAAAAGUCACUCCUGUACCAAUCCCCCUCAAUUCGCGGACCGCCUCAUCUCGUACGAGACCCAGGUGAAAAUUGCCGGCAAGUACUGUGAUUGGCUUGCCGAUGUUUCGCCGUAUGUAUAUAGUCUUGUGGCCAUGAAAAUCACGAAGAUGCGCUGUGGAGUGGACGGUAGCUUCGUGUGUACCGGCUUUUGGGGCGUUGCCCAUACUGCGGCUGGCUCUUAUAUCGGACCUGGUAUCAAAGCUAUGUGCAAACCUGCAUAUGAAUCACUUAUGAAGGCUUGUGAUGAGAAGGGCGGUUUCGAGAAGGUCGAGAUCACUCAGACAGGGAAGAGUUUCGAGGUCUAUAGUUUUGCCAAUUCCGAGGAGACAGAGACGUGCAGCACGGCUGGGAAAGUCAUUUGCAAGGUUUACAAUUGUGAUGAUUCCGUUGGAUGCUCUGCUUAA